GCUCUAUUCUAUAGCUCUGCUGGUUCUGUUCGGCUCUUCAAAGGCAUCGAUCAUUGAAAUCAUCGAUCGUUUGAAAUCGGCUUUCUGCUGCUUUUCCCUGCCGUCUGCCGAGGAACCCAGGAAACUAAAUCGAGAUCCCGGCGCAGGCGGAGGAAGCGAGACUUUAGCAGAGAUGUUCCGCAAUCAGUACGACAACGACGUAACGGUAUGGAGUCCUCAGGGCCGCAUUCAUCAGAUCGAAUAUGCCAUGGAGGCUGUGAAACAAGGUUCUGCAACCGUCGGACUGAAGUCCAGAACUCACGCGGUCCUGGUUGCACUUAAGAGAGCCCAGUCUGAGCUGGCUGCCCACCAGAAGAAGAUCCUUCAUGUUGAUAACCACAUUGGCAUCUCCAUUGCUGGACUGACGGCGGACGCUCGGCUGCUCUGUAACUUCAUGCGUCAGGAGUGCUUGGACUCCAGAUUUGUCUUCGACAGGCCUCUCCCCACAUCCCGCCUCGUGUCUUUAAUCGGCAGCAAAACCCAAAUCCCAACACAGAGGUAUGGAAGGAGGCCCUACGGAGUGGGACUCCUCAUUGCUGGCUAUGAUGACAUGGGACCUCACAUCUUCCAGACCUGUCCAUCAGCAAAUUACUUUGACUGCAAAGCCAUGUCCAUCGGAGCGCGCUCCCAGUCUGCACGCACGUACCUGGAGAGGUGCAUGGACAAGUUUUCUGACUGUAAUCUGAACGACCUGGUCCAACAUGGCCUCCGCGCCCUCAGAGAAACUCUUCCAGCUGAGCAGGACCUGACCACCAAGAAUGUUUCCAUUGGCAUUGUGGGAAAAGAAAUGGAGUUCACCAUCUAUGAUGACGAUGAUGUUGCUCCGUUCCUGGUUGGACUGGAGGAGAGGCCACAGAGAAAGGCUGUCCAGCCUGCUGAUGAUCCUCCUGCUGGAGACGCUCCCGAUGAGCCAAUGGAGCACUGAGGCAGGAACUCGACCCCACAUCCGCAUCCUGUCCAUCCCGAACCCACUGAGACUUGCUGCAGCACAGAGAAUUUCCUCUAGAGGGAAGCUGUCCUAAUGUGCCACUGUUUCUCCACAAUAGUCUCUACUGACAUCAACAUGUGAUGUUUCUUUUGUAUGGGUCAAAGUUCACCAUCAUACAAGUAAUAAAUUGUCUUUUUUGA